AUGGAAAGUGAAUCAAGCUUUGGAACGCAUCUACAAGACACCGAUCAGUCAGAAGAGGGCUCACCAGUGUCAGGGUCGAAGAAUACCGGAGCCCGUGUCCACAAACGGCGCACAGCAGACCCCGUGGAAAGUACAACAGUAAAGAAGGCGAAGGAGGAUACGCCGACGGAGGAGAGACCUGAAACCCCAGUGCAGACGGAUUUUGAGAAUAUUGCUGGGGCGAGAGCAUUGUCUGGCAGUGGAGGUGCGCUUCGAGUGUCCGUUCAGAAAUCGCUUUCUUCAAGUUUUCUGGAGGCGCGAGAAAGCAGCGAGCCGAAUGAUCUGGCACUCUGUCCCCCAGUUAAUUACGAAUUGCCAGUUGUUCUGCAUCCUUCGGUUUCAUCGUGCGCCUACGCAGCCAUUACUGCCAGUACACUUAUUGACUUGUGGCGCUCAUUGGGCGAGGAAAAUUUCUCGCGAAAAUUUCUUCUGAUUGACUGCCGCUACCCAUAUGAAUACAACGGAGGACACAUUCGAGGUGCGAUCAAUCUUUUCGAUCCGGCGCAUAUCGAAGAGGUUCUCUUCCCUGCCGAUACCGAGCAGCGACAGCGUCUCGUCUCCAGAAAACCAAUUUUCUACUGUGAAUUCUCGCAUGCCCGAGCCCCCCACAUCAAUCGUGCUAUUGUAAUAAUUUGUUUUACCACCGCUGCAUGUUUCUUGUUGCAGGGGCAACGAGCUACGAGGGUGCGAUCGCAUUCGGAAUUACCACAAUUACCCGCAAAUGGAUUAUCCAGAAAUGUACCUGCUCGAUCACUUUUCGAGCCGUUCGGUUACGUUCGAAUGUACGAUCGCAAAUUUUCUGCCGAACUUGCUAAAUAUAAUUUCCAUCAUAGCAAAACUAUUGACUGUGUUUACCAUACGCUGGCGCGAUCUCGACAGGUCAGUCAACUCGCUGUAUCGCCGGUUUCGCAAUCCUCAGAGGCCAGCGACGACGAUCCGUUCUCCACUCCCAUUCGCGCUCUCUCACGUGUUAGUUGUACAGUAUUUUAUAAGGCGCUAGCGAAAUUACAUGCACAUAUAUAUAUAUUUUGA